CCCGCCAGUGUCAGUUCACCAUCGGAGCGCCGCGGCGCCUGUCUGACUUUUGACGCGAGUUGCAUUAUAAGUGUACUUAAUCGGAGUGGAUACUUAACUAAUAUUGUUAUUUCACCAUUUAUGCAGGUUACAUAUACAUUACUUCAGUGAAUAGAAGCCCCGUCCUCUUUAUUCAGCAAAUUUUCAUUGUAUUCCGAGUAUCAAUCAACCGUUUGUUUUUGCAAACUAACACGAGAUGAGACGGAAGUAUUAGGCGUACAUUAUGCAACUAAACAAGAAUUUUAAAUUCGACAUGAUUACUAGGCAAAAUUGACUGACAUUAUUUAUAGUUAUAUAUGAGAGCUUUAGACGUAAUACACAUAAACAAAAUAUUAUACUUACUAUUAUUACAAAUACAAACUAUACCAGUGGUGUUGAAAGUGCCUGAGAAACAUGGAAUCGAAAGUUGUAAUUAAAGAAAAGAAUCCUCAUGACAAAGCUAACAUUUUGUCAAAAAUAUUUUUAACAUGGAGCUUUGACUUAUUCCGCAAAGGCUACAAACAGGGUAUCACCGUAGAACAGUUAUGGCAAGCUCGCCACAAGGACAACUCAGGCCGGCUAGGGGACCAACUUGAACAAGCCUGGCAAACGGAGCUUGAAGACGCUGACCGAAAUGGCUCCAAGCCCUCAUUAACCAAAGCUAUCAUACGAACCUUCUGGUUGGAGUAUAUGAUCUGUGGUUUAUUAGUAGGGUUACUUUUUAUAGUUUUAUGGCCAUUGAUACCAUAUACAUUAGCGUUAUUUAUAAAUUAUUUUUCUGGCGAAGCAACACCGGAGGCAUACAGGAAUGCCCAUAUAUACAACUUUUUGAUGAAUGUAUGCAGCGUAGUGACGGCAUUGAUGUUGAACCAUUUGCAAUUGAGUCAAGGUGCUGUUGGUAUGCGAAUAAGAAUAGCUUGCUGUUCGCUAUUGUAUCGAAAGAUAUUAAAACUAGAUCGAACCGGCCUUAGUAAGACCGAGCCUGGCCAAGUGAUAAACCUAAUGUCGAACGACGUGAUGCGGUUCGACAUGGUGACGCUGUUCCUCCACUACCUGUGGGUGAUGCCUGUGGUGGUGCCCGUGGUGUCGUACCUGGUGUGGCAGCACGUGCGGUGGGCGACCUUCGCUGCCCUGCUGGUCAUCUUCGUGCAGACAUUACUAGUUCAAAGCUACUUGAGUAACCGCCAGGGAGUGCUGCGAGGAAAGAUUGCCAAGCGAACCGACGAGAGGGUUAAAGUGAUGAGCGAACUGGUGAACGGAGUCCAGGUCAUUAAGAUGUAUGCUUGGGAGAAACCAUUUGAGAAGCUGGUCGAUAAAUUACGCAAGAUGGAGGUGAACUUUAUAAUGAGGACGUCGAUGAUCAAGGGUUUCUCGACGGCGCUGUCCGUGUUCACGGAGCGGUUCAUCCUAUUCGCGGCUGUGGUCACGUUCGUGCUCAUGGGGGGCCAGAUCCGGGCCGAGAUCACCUUCUCUCUGGUGCAGUACUUCAACCUCCUGCAACUUGCCGCUAACAUUUUCUUCCCUAUGGCUAUGGCCUUUCUCGCGGAAGCCAAGGUGUCUGUGAGACGACUUGAGGAAUUCUUAAUGUUAGAAGAACUGGAGUCGGCGAAGGCUAUCGAAGCGAAGAUGAAUGCGAAAGACGCGACGGUGGUGAUCAGUAACGGAAUGGAAAAGGAGAAAGCGAAGCACACGGGGCUGGUGGUGGCGGGAGUGUGUGCCAGCUGGCAGCCGGACCCCAUCGUCGACACGCUUCGCAAGGUCUCCUUCACCGCGCAGCCCGGCGAGUUCGUGGGCAUCGCGGGGCUGGUCGGAGCUGGGAAGUCGUCUCUCCUGCAAGUGAUCCUGGGCGAACUGCUCCCGUCCAAGGGCACGGUGUCGCUGGGCGGCGCGCGCCUCUCCUACGCCAGCCAGGAGCCGUGGCUGUUCGUGGCCACCGUCCGGCAGAACAUCCUCUUCGGCCUGCCAUACGACCGUAUACGCUAUAAAAAAGUGGUUACAGCUUGCGCUCUGGUCCGCGACUUCGAGCUGUUGCCGCUCGGCGACUCGACGCUGGUGGGGGAGCGCGGGAUCAGCCUGAGCGGCGGGCAGCGCGCGCGCAUCGGUCUCGCCCGCGCGUGCUACAGGCAGGCGGACAUCUACUUGUUGGACGACCCGUUGUCGGCGGUGGACACGCACGUGGGUAAGCACCUCGUGUCGGAGUGCGUGAACGGCCUGCUGCGCCACACCACGCGCAUACUCGUCACACACCAGCUACACCACCUCAAGACUGCUGACAAAGUCCUCAUCCUGCGCAACGGCGAAGUGGAGAUCGAGGGCAAAUUCGAGGAAGUUUCCAAGUCGCCAUUAUUUGACGAACUGAUCGAGGAGGACGAGGUGGUGGAGGAAGAAGUCUCAGUCCCGGGAACUCCCGGACUGCACCAACGGACACGCACUAUGUCUCAAGUGAGUGCAGUUAGUUCAACGGUAGAUGCGAAUCAGGAAGAAAACGAAGAACAGCCAGAAACCGCCGAGUUGAUGGAAAAAGGCCGCGUGUCGGGCUCCGUGUACACGCAGUACUUCCGAGCCGGCGGCGGCUGGGCCCUGCUGCUCUUGACCGUCCUUGGGAUCGUGCUUGCGCAGGUGGUCACGUCCCUUAGCGACCUAUGGCUCACACACUGGAUGAACAACGUCGAGGCUAAUAUUGUGGAAAUGGAAAGUAACCAGAGCAUUGCCUCCAAUUUAUCAACCUUGGACCUUAACAACACUUCAUCCCCCGCCAACUUUAGCAAUGCUUCUGACCCCCAACAACCGGCAAUGACCAUUGAAGAAUCAUCCUUUUAUAUCUACAUAUGGGCUAUUGGUAUUCUCGGCUGCAUAAUACUUACUACCGGCAGAUCGAUAUUGUUCCUGUGGGUGUGUAUGAGGAGCUCGAUCAGGCUGCACAACCAGAUUUUCAGCAACAUCCUGGCGGCCACCAUGCGCUUCUUCGACACCAACCCCUCUGGGCGCAUCCUCAACCGGUUCUCCAAGGACAUGGGCGUUGUCGACGAGAUCUUGCCGAGGAUGUACCUGGACAGCAUCCAGGUAAUGAUGGUGAUGACUGGAAUCCUGGUGAUGGUGGCGAUCGUGAACCCGCUCAUGUUGUUGACGACGCUCGUGUGCGGCGUGCUCAUGUGGAUCUGGACCGUCAUCUACCUAAGUACCGCGCAAGCUAUUAAAAGAGUGGAAGGAGUGACGCGCAGCCCGGUGUUCUCGCACGUGUCGGCCAGCAUGGCGGGGCUGACGACGGUGCGCGCGUGCGGCGCGCAGGUCAUGCUGCAGCGCCACUUCGACGACAAGCAGGACGUGCACACCGCCGCCUGGUACUUGACGUUAGUCACAAACACAGCGUUUUCGAUUUGGCUGUCCCUAAUCUCUGCGAGCUACGUGGUAGUGGUCGCUUACACGUUCCUGUUCCUCAGUAACUCGGUAAAGACGAAAGCUGGCGACGUCGGGCUCGCAAUCAGCCAAGGCCUCAUCUUGGUGAACAUGGUGCAGUACGGCGUCAAGCAGAUCACCGAGGUGAUAUCGCAGAUGACGAGCGUGGAGCGCGUCACCCAGUACACGACUCUACCGCAGGAGGAAACAGCCGGGCCUUCGCCUCCGCCGGGCUGGCCGCAGCGUGCAAGGCUCGUCUUCAAGGACCUGUACCUGCGCUACGACAAGGAAGCAGAGCCCGUGCUUAAAAACCUCAACAUCACUAUUGAGAGCGGCUGGAAGGUGGGCGUAGUGGGACGCACGGGCGCGGGCAAGUCCUCGCUGAUAUCGGCGCUCUUCCGCCUGGCGCCCAUCGACGGCAACGUUUACAUCGACGACGUCGAAACUGGCUCGAUCGCUCUCAAGGAGCUGAGAGCAAAGAUUGCAAUAAUUCCGCAAGAGCCAGUGUUGUUCUCGGCUAGCCUGCGCUAUAACAUGGAUCCGUUCGACAAAUAUACCGACGCAGACAUUUGGAGAGCUUUGGAACAGGUGGAGCUGAAGCAGAGCGUGACGUCACUAUCGGCGGAGGUUGCGUCGGGUGGCUCCAACUUCAGCGCUGGACAGAGACAGCUGCUGUGCCUGGCGCGCGCCGCUCUCGCGCGCAACCGUCUACUCGUGCUCGACGAAGCCACCGCCAACGUUGACCCCAACACUGACGCGUUGAUACAGAAGUCCAUCCGCAAGUACUUCGCUGACUGUACGGUGCUGACCGUCGCCCACCGGCUGCAUACCGUCGCGGACUCCGACCGAGUCAUUGUAAUGGAGGCGGGACAAAUCGUGGAGAUCGGUCAUCCCCACGAGCUGCUGCAGAACCCGGACGGACACUUCUCGGGCAUGGUAGCGCAACUGGGCCCCGGCUCCGAGCAGAGCCUGCGCGAGAUUGCGAGCGCCGCGCACAAGGAGCACAUACGCUACGUAGACGCCGACGACGCCCCAAAAAUUACCACUUAAACCAUACUACAGACAACGGCGACACGCCUUACGGAAAACUAAAGACAAAUAAUGUAUACCGCGUGCCUCAUCAUUAUUGUGAAGAUGGCGCCACUUGUACAGUUAGUUCUCUAAGGAGUGUGAAACUUUUUCAAUGGAGGUGUCUGGUCAGCCUUAACUUUGCUAUAUCAUUUUUUUUUAUAAAUGUGACAAUGAUAUAAAACUAGGGACAAAUAAGGGUAAUGGGAUUAUGAUUUGUUAUUUUAUGUAAUCAUGAUAAUGUAUAUAAAUUAUAAAUAGAAACAGAUGUCAUACAUAUUGUAGGUACUAGAAAAAAGUGAAGAAGCCCUCCCAAUCAGAUGCUGGUUUGAGUCCUGCCAUUGCCGCUGGAGGGCUAGGUCACUUUUUCUUUUGUAUAUGACAUCUAUUUGAGUUUAUAAUUAUAAUAAUUAAUUAAUUAAUAAUCGCUAUAAGGUUAAAAUUAUGACACGACGAAAAAACUUACAUCCCUUACGUUACGGACCACAACUUCCCUCCAGAAAAACUACUUAUUGUACUUAUAACGUACUUAAUAUUGUCGGUGCUACUUGUAGAAAUGAAGAGAAUGAUUUUGCUGAAUACAAACAUUUACACUAUAUCAUGAUAUACCUACAUAUUAUUAUGUUGUCACAAAAAUGAAAUUUGUCGCAAAGGUUUAUUAAUACUGAUGAGAUUAAUGGCACAACUGCUUUACAGUAAACUUAUUAUUAUGUGUAUUUUCUACACAGGCUUAAGAAUACAUUUAAGAGAGAAACGGCUUUAUAAAAGCCUUAUAUCGGUUAAAUAUAAGUAAUGGACAUUUGAAUGUGAUUAAAUCCAAAUAUUAUUGUGAUUUGAUGUAAAAUGAUUAAAUUUGAAUACAUUUUUUGAUGUUACGAAA